AAAUGUGUGUUAGUGGCCUGUCAUUAUGUGUGUUUACAACCUACAACUUUGGAAUCGAAUUUUCUCUCACAUUCACAGGAUACAAAUUUUAUAUACUAAUAAAUUCAGCGUUCAUAUGAAUUUGUACAAGUGACGUAGUAUUUACAGCCGUCAAGUAAAACGUGACGGCAAACAACAGACUUUUGGUGACGUAUUUGAAGAAAUUUUAAAGAAAUUUUGACAGACCGGUCAGAAAAACAUUGAAAAAGGAGAAUAAAAACAAAGAAGAAUGUCAAAGUGUUCAGGACAGUUUAAACCACAUAUUUGGAAUCACUCUCUUCUAUUAUAUCAAUGCAAAGAAUUACGCUGUGUAUUUUCAAAGACUAAGUGUAUUUGCAAAAGUGUAAAAAUGGAUGAGCUGUGAUUUUCAAGAUUAAAAAAACAAAACAAAGAUAUAUGUUGAAAUUAACGCCUGUGCCAUUUUUAUUCCAUUCAAGAGAUUGCAAAGUAUUCAGAUUGGAUUAUCUAAUUGAAUAUUAGAUAUACUAUAGAUAGUAUUUACUGGUUUAAUAAACAAAAACGAUGGAGGGAAAUCACGUUUACAAACCCGAAACUGUCAUGACAGACGUCAGUAUGCAGGAUUUACAGAAAUUGCUAAUCUACUUUUCAAAAAAUACGUAUCGAGCCCGUGAUGCCGACAAUACGAGUCAAUCAAUAAUGCAGAGGUGUAUAUUGCUCGCCGAUAUGGAUUAUCAACAUUCAGUAAUAAAUAACAAUGAGGGCGAUUUAAGUGCUCAUUAUCCGAGUCAUUUAAUGAUCCUUGAAUAUGAGAAAAGUAAAUUUCCAAACAAGUGUGAUACUCCAUCGUCACUGCCACGCACUACAGAGACAAUUUACGAAAGUAUGUGCGAUCCAAUUAGAUUAAAGGAAUUGAUAAAAAGCGCAAGAUUUGCACGUUGUAGAUCAAGGUUUCCAUUGCCCGUUAUACUUUACAAUGGAAGAUAUAUUUGUCGUUCGUCUACCUUAUCGGGAGGACCGGAAAUUUAUGGAAGAUCAGGUCUCGAUUAUCUGUUUGCGUGCGGUGAAACGGGAACAGUCGUUGAUGAGAGCUAUAAGGAAAAUACUGACGAUGGAUGUAGUCGAGAAUCAUUUGACAAUGAUUGUCCAGCGGUUAAAAAUCAAUUUGAUAAAGUUCGUAAAAAAGAUAUAAAACUCCUGAAAGCACUUAAAGUUGGUCAUAUUAUUGAUUUCAUGGUCGAAAAUAAGAAGGUCAAGUUUCUUAUGAACGUAACUUCCUCGGAGAAGGUCGACAGUGUUGGGAGAUAUUCAGAAUUUAAUAUUGUUUCACUGCCAUACCCGGGAUGUGAAUUCUUUAAAGAAUUUCGAGAACAUAAUUAUGCAGCAAAUCAUCUUGUUUUCGAUUGGACGCAGGCCCACGUUGAUGCCCAUAUUGGAGUUCCCGAAGAUCAAAUAUCGUCGCAAAUAGAAGUUAACUGGGAGGAAUAUCGAGACUGGGAUUUACUUAAACUUACGCAAAAUUAUCUCAAACUUAUUCUGCGAUAUGUCAAUGAAAGUGAUUCCGGAAUAUUAAUUCAUUGCAUUUCAGGUUGGGAUCGCACCCCAUUGUUCGUCUCUCUAUUGAGACUGAGUCUUUGGGCUGAUGGAGUUAUUCACACAUCGUUAAGUGCAUUUCAAAUUCUCUAUUUUACAAUUGCCUAUGACUGGAUGCUUUUUGGACACGACUUGAAGGAUCGUAUGAGUAAAGGAGAGGAGAUAUUUUUCUUUUGUUUCUUUUUUUUGAAACACAUUCAUGACGAGGAAUUCAGUGUACACUCGAGGGAGCAUCGUAGUCGAAAUAUUGUUUUAAAUCAUGACAGCGAUUCGCAACUUCGUGAUGAAGACUUUAGUACCUUUACGCCAAAUAUUAAAAAUCGACAUUCUGUUUUGCGUAAUGACAGUGAUUCGCAAUUGGACAAUGUUAUGUUUGAUGGCGAAUCGGUUGUUGCUCUAAGUACUGUUAGCUCAAAUCUCAGCCUAAAUAGUUGGUGUAGUUCCGUUAGUCAGCAUAGUCGCGAUAGUCAGGACAACAAUCCGCCUUCGGUUUUUCAUUGUAAUUCACAGGAGGGUCAGGAUGACAUUCACAGUAAUGGAAAUUUUGUGCCGUGGACAUUUUAUUCGUCGCCGAGUAAAGAGAGUAGUGUGAAUGGAUCUCGAUCGCCGUUGCCAACAAAUCGUACAUCACCGGUUGCAGUUCCAGUUCCAGGACAUCUUCGACAGAGGAACGAAUCCUCUUCAUCGGGGGGUUCUUGGCAAAUGAUUUCCGGUACUGGCAGUUUGCGUGGUUCAACAACAUCAAAUGCUCUACUCUCAGAUGGUCUUGCGUCCAGUUUAGCUUGCAAACCACUUUGUGAAACUUGCACCGGACACGCAUCACAAGAAUCUAGUACUACAAUUGUUGACGACGAAACUUAUACAUAUUUAAAAACAAGGAGGGAGAGGUUACAAUGUUUACGAAAUAUAUUUUAUGGCGCUUACAAUACAGUUGGUUUUAAAAUGAAGGAAUUUCCAGAAAGUAGUGGAAUUGGACAAAUUCUUGGGAAUUUCGCUGAAAAGGUUGGUUUUAUUUCUGUUCAACGCACAUCAUUGUGACCAGAAAAUGUCGCAUUAUCGGCUUCCCCACAGAUUUUUGAAUUUGUUAAUUGUUAAUUCUUUCAUUCAACAUGAGAAUUUUAUAAGCCAAUACGUGGAUUAUUAAAUAAUUGUAUAUUAUGGUUUAUUUGGAUGACAUGCCAUUGCAAUUAGUUGCGAUGUCAAUGUACAAGACAUAAUAAACUUGAUAUUUUUAUAA